AUGGCCGGUCCGCGCGCAGGAAAGAGCUCUAGGGCCAUUGGACCCUCUGACGGGGGCUCGUCUGGCAAGCAGUCCCUGAGCGAGGCACAGGAAUCAGAGCUGUACGGCAACGGCGGCGAUAUGUCUGGCUACAACCUGUCCAUCGCUGCUGCCGACGGCGAUGAUGAUAUGGAGGAUGUUGGACUCAACGGAAGGUCGCUGGUCGGGCAAUAUACCGCAACGAGCGACAUGCUGAACGAAUUUGCGCACGGCGACACAGCGGAGGCGGACAUACUCGACAGCCGCGAGAAGCAAGCACAGAUCGCAUCUCGCGAGACCGACUACCAGCGAAGGAGGUUUGACAGAAGACUGUCACCAGAGCGCGCCGAUGCUUUUGCGAAAGAUGGAAAAGGGGACGGCAUGACAUACAAGGAGAUCAUGGCGGAGCGGCAGCUCGAGCGCGAGGAGGAACGUGUCAAGAGAGCUAUCGAAGACAAGGAGAAGUCAGGUGGCAAUGAGGUGCUGGAUCACAAGCCCACCUUAAAGGACGACGCGCCCGCUCCGGUCAACGGCGAUAAGACCCCACCCAUGGAGAAGAAGCGCAAGAGGAGAAGGUGGGAUGAGGGCGCUGCCGACGAAGCUCCCGCUGUCAAGGAGGAGGUUAAAGAAGAAGAACCAGAGGUCAAGAAGUCAAGGUGGGAGACGGGCCCUGAGGAACAGAAAGCACCAGCACGAUCACGAUGGGAUACCACAGCAGUUGCACCCUCGAGUGGCGCAACACCAGCACCAGCUACAGGUGCGAACGGCGCACGCCCUGCAAUGCCUGCCUACGCCUUUGGUACAGACAUCUCCAACCGUAAUGCUCCGCUCUCCGACGAACAGCUCGACAUGAUGCUGCCUGGCGAGUCUGAGGGUUACAAGGUGCUCGAGCCACCGCCUGGUCACGAGCCAGUACGCCGUCCAGUAGGCGUACCACAGCUACCCACAGGAUACCAGGGCUUCCUGAUCCCAGAAGCAGACAACAGCUUAGCAGCCAUGGGCAAGCAGUUGCCAACAGAGAUUCCAGGUGUCGGUGAUCUGCAGUUCUUCAAGAAUGAGGACAUGAAGUAUUUUGGCAAGCUCACCGACGGAGCUGACGAGAACGAAAUGACUGUGGAGGAACUGAAAGAGCGUAAGAUCAUGCGACUGCUCCUGAAGGUCAAGAACGGAACACCUCCCAUGCGAAAGACCGCACUACGACAGCUCACAGACAAUGCUCGUCAGUUUGGUGCAGGGGCUCUGUUCAACCAAAUCCUGCCUCUAUUGAUGGAGCGUACACUGGAAGACCAAGAACGCCAUUUGCUGGUCAAGGUUAUUGACCGUGUCCUAUACAAGCUCGACGAUCUUGUACGGCCAUAUGUGCACAAGAUUCUGGUAGUUAUCGAGCCUUUGCUCAUUGACCAAGACUACUAUGCACGAGUGGAAGGUCGAGAGAUCAUCUCAAACCUCGCAAAAGCUGCUGGUCUCGCACACAUGAUCAGUACCAUGCGUCCAGAUUUGGAUCACCAGGACGAGUACGUGCGAAACACAACCGCUCGGGCUUUUGCUGUUGUUGCGUCUGCUCUUGGUAUUCCAGCUCUCCUUCCCUUCCUUCGCGCUGUGUGCAGGUCAAAGAAAUCCUGGCACGCUCGCCAUACUGGUGUGAAGAUUGUACAGCAGAUUCCCAUUCUGAUGGGUUGCGCUAUCUUGCCCCACCUCAAAGGUCUUGUUGAAUGCAUUGGAGAGAACCUGAACGACGAGCAGCCAAAGGUUCGCAUGGUUACAGCCCUCGCUCUUGCUGCACUCGCCGAAGCUGCCAGCCCCUACGGUAUCGAGUCUUUCGAUGAUAUUCUCAACCCUCUUUGGACAGGUGCUCGACGACAGCGUGGCAAGGCUCUUGCAUCUUUCCUGAAAGCCGUCGGUUAUGUCAUCCCGCUCAUGGAUGAGGAAUACUCAAACUACUACACCAGCCAGAUUAUGGAGAUUGUCAUCCGGGAGUUCCAGUCGCCAGAUGAAGAGAUGAAGAAGGUCGUUUUGAAGGUUGUCUCUCAAUGUUCAAACACAGCGGGUGUCACACCAGUCUACCUGAAGGACAACGUGCUGCCAGAGUUCUUCAAGCACUUCUGGGUACGACGAAUGGCUCUCGACAAGCGAAACUACCGUCAGGUUGUGGACACCACCGUUGACCUUGCUCAGAAGGCUGGUGUUGCCGAGAUUGUUGGUCGCAUUGUCAACAAUAUGAAGGAUGAGAACGAAGCAUAUCGCAAGAUGACGGUCGAGACUGUUGACAAGGUCAUUAGUACGCUCGGUGCCCACGACGUUGACCAGCGCUUGGAGGAGCAGUUGAUUGACGGUGUCCUCGUUGCAUUCCAGGAUCAGACCGUCGAAGACCCCAUUGUCAUUGAUGGCUUCGCCACAGUUGUCAACGCGUUGGGCGAACGCACAAAGACCUACCUGCCACAGAUUGUUGCUACUGUCCUGGCCCGUCUGAACAACAAGUCUGCUACUGUACGACAGCAAGCAGCAGACUUAAUUUCCCGCAUCACAUUUGUCAUGCAGAAGUGUGAUGAAGACCCGCAGCUGAUCAAGCUAGCCCAAGCGUUGUACGAAUACCUCGGAGAAGAGUACCCCGAGGUUCUAGGCUCCAUCCUAGGUGCUCUCCGUGCAAUCGUCACUGUUGUUGGGCUUCAUGCCAUGCAGCCACCCAUCAAGGACCUUCUGCCUCGACUCACACCCAUUCUUCGUAACCGACACGAGAAGGUGCAAGAGAACACAAUCGAUCUCGUAGGUCGUAUUGCCGAUCGUGGUGCCAACUAUGUCAACCCUCGUGAAUGGAUGCGAAUUUGCUUCGAGCUGCUCGAUAUGCUAAAGGCACACAAGAAGGGCAUUCGCCGUGCUGCCAAUAACACAUUCGGUUACAUCGCCAAAGCCAUCGGUCCUCAGGAUGUACUGGCUACUCUUCUUGGUAACCUUCGUGUUCAGGAACGUCAAUCUCGUGUCUGUACCGCUGUCGCCAUCGGUAUCGUCGCCGAAACCUGUGCUCCCUUCACGGUCUUACCUGCCCUGAUGAACGAGUACCGUGUGCCAGAGCUCAACGUUCAGAACGGUGUCCUCAAGUCACUGUCAUUUAUGUUCGAGUAUAUCGGCGAGAUGGCCAAGGACUACGUAUACGCUAUCACGCCUUUGCUCGAAGAUGCCCUCAUCGACCGAGACCAAGUCCAUCGUCAGACCGCAGCAUCGGUCGUCAAGCAUGUCGCUCUCGGCUGCGUCGGUCUGGACUGCGAAGAUGCAAUGAUCCACUUGCUCAACCUUCUAUGGCCCAAUUUGUUCGAGACCAGUCCUCACGUCAUUGACCGUAUUGUUGAAGCUAUCGAGGGCAUUCGCAACGCUGUUGGUACACCACUGGUUAUGAACUACGUCUGGGCAGGCCUCUUCCAUCCUGCUCGCAAGGUCCGACAACCGUACUGGCGUAUUUACAACGACGCCUACGUGCAGUCGGCCGAUGCUAUGGUGCCUGCGUACCCGACCUUCGAAGAGGAGAACAUGAGGAGACACGAACUGGACAUUUUCAUCUAA